CGUCUGCCCCCUUGGCGGACUACAGGGAGCUCGUGAAGGUUUUCCAGUGAAAAAGGGUAUGAUCGGAUCAGUGUUUGAGAGAACUCGAAGCAAAGCAUCAGGUGGGAAGUGACUAGAGGAAGGAGGCCGGUGAGGCACUGCCCGACAGUGCAGGUGGGAGGUGGCUGUGGUCCGUGCUGGGGUGGGGACGGGCGUGGCUGGACCAAUCUGGGGUCCCGCUUCUCCGGGGGAGAUCUAGCUCUCCUCAGAAUCUGGGAGAUGGCAAGUGCAUUCUCUUCAAACACCUCCCCCGCCCCUUUGCUAAAUUGGGAGGCGGAAGGCCCAGGGUAGAUGACCAUCUCCAAAGCCGUAGGACAGGGAAUUUGAGCAGACGCCAGUGUUCCUGCAGUCUAAUUUUACCCACGAUUACUUUGCAGAUAGACCUCUCAACCCACUCCCCCAGCCUCAUCCACCCCCACAACAGCCUCAGCGCCUAAUUAGAAUGAAAAACCGCACAGCGGUCUUUGGCCCUCGGAAGCAGCCACAGGCAAACUCCGGGCCAGACACUCUUUGCAAAAGUUCUAGGCUCUGCUUCCCGGCAGGGGGAGGUGGGGGGAGCUGCUUUCCAAAGAAGCAGUUUCACAGCGCCAGACACAUGUGAAGUGGACUUCGGGUCUAUUUCGUGCCGCUUGUGCAACUGGUCACUUGAGUCCACGGAGGACGAGCAGGGUAGGGAGGUCGGAGUGGAGGCGAGGAAAGGUGACUCCCGUCCAAGGGUUUUUCCAGCACCCAACAAACGUCCUGUUCGAACUUCUUUUCCCUGCAGACCCCUUUCAUCUCUGCGUGCCGUGUUCCGGGUGUGGCAUAGGAAGUGGCUUGAAGCCGCUGCAGAGCCCUCUCUGCCCUCACUGGCACCACAUGGGAGCGCCCCGUGGGUGAGGGAGAGGACGGGGCAGUCAGGCAAAGGUUAAGGGGAGGAAAGCAGAGGCAGAGACCCAGAACGGCUCCAGGAAAUGCUUGUAUUUCUCCACCAGGAGGAGGACAAACAAGCCUUUCUCGUGCCUUCUGGGCCGCGCUCUGGCUCUCCAGCACAGUGAGUUCAGGCAGAAAGAGAGAAGCCGAAAAUAAAAAUUAUUCUGGGGCUGGACGCGACAACUGUGCAGCAUGAACCUCAUCGGACCGGCCAGCCGCUUCCCUGGAACCGCUGCUUACGCCACUCUGCGUGCCCUGCCCAGCCUUGCCAAGCGACGGGCUUUGCCUCUCGGGCAGACAGGCUGCCGGUGACCCGGCUCCAGAGAGGACCUCCCUGGGUCUCCGGUUUCCCGGCUGAAGUUUCCCUGCUGGGUGCCGUGGCGUUCCCCCACGCGAGGUCUGGCAUCCCAGCGCCAUGAAGGCAGAGAAACAGCAGCUGGGGGAGCGGUAGCCCUCAGAUAAGAGCGGCGUCUCCGUGGGGACUGCAGGGGCUGGCUGGCGCGCAGGACGCGGUCCCCUCUCCGCCAUGGACAACGGGUCGUGCUGCCUCAUCGAGGGGGACCCCAUCUCGCAGGUGAUGCCACCGCUGCUCAUCCUGGCCUUCGUGCUCGGCGCCCUGGGCAACGGGAUCGCCCUGUGCGGCUUUUGCUUCCACAUGAAGACCUGGAAGCCGAGCACGGUCUACCUGUUCAACCUGGCCGUGGCCGACUUCCUCCUGAUGAUCUGCCUGCCGCUGCGGACCGACUACUACCGCAGACAGCGACACUGGGCCUUCGGGGACGGGCCCUGCCGGCUGGUGCUCUUCAUGCUGGCCAUGAACAGGGCGGGCAGCAUCGCCUUCCUCACCGUGGUGGCCGUGGACAGGUACUUCAAAGUGGUGCACCCCCACCACGCGGUGAACACCAUCUCCAACCGGACCGCGGCCGGCGUCGUCUGCGCCCUCUGGACCCUGGUCAUCCUGGGGACGCUGUACCUUUUGACGGAGAGCCACCUGUGUGCUCAGGAGCAGGGGGUCUCCUGUGAGAGCUUUAUCAUGGAGUCGGCCAACGGCUGGCACGACAUUAUGUUCCAGCUGGAGUUCUUCCUGCCCCUGGGCAUCAUCUUGUUCUGCUCCGCCAGGAUCGUCUGGAGCCUGAAGCAGAGGCGGCGGCUGGCCGGACAGACUCGGACGAAGAAGGCCAUCCGGUUCAUCAUGGUGGUGGCGGUGGUGUUCAUCACCUGCUACCUGCCGGGCGUGUCAGCCAGACUCUACUUCCUCUGGACCGUGCCCGUGAGCGCCUGCGACCCGUCGGUCCACACAGCCCUGCACGUCACCCUCAGUUUCACCUACACGAACAGCAUGCUGGACCCCCUGGUGUAUUAUUUUUCAAGCCCCUCAUUUCCCAAGUUCUACGCCAAGCUCAAACUCUGCAGCUGGAGACCCAAGCGGCCAGGACGCUCAAAGACGCCGCAGCCGGAAGAGAUGCCAAUUUCCAACGUCUGUCGCAAGAGUUGCGCUAGCGUGGCCAACAGUUUCCAAAGCCAGACCGACAUCCAGUGGGAGCUGCAGAGGUGCUGAACGGCCCUGAACCGCACCAGCAGGGAGGCCAGGCCAGCGGCUCAGAGGGGGUGCGUGCGGAGGGCCAAGGGGCUUGAAAAUGCCACCACCCCUGCUUAGCUGUUUCCUCCUCGCUCUGUUGGAAAUGAAAUCCAUGUUACCAUGCCCUUUGGGAAGGUUCCGGUUCAUCGAAGUGAGUCCGUUGCGUGUCUGUGAUCUGAUUGCUGUGACAGGGACAGUAGGAGCCUGUCUGGGGGCAUGGGUGUGCUGGCGGGGGUUAGGGCUGGCUCGGCCUCCGUGUAACUUUAAGCGGCUCAGUAAACGGGUGCGAGGGUGUAUGGGGUCGUUUUCUCUCUGGG